AUGGAGAAGCAACCCAGCAAGCGGCCCAGCCUUUCAAAGCAUGCCUAUCGUCAAAGAGCCUCAGUCCUCAGAGCCACAAUCGUGGGUGACAUUCCUAUCCGUUCGACGGCUGCUUCGUCUGCAAAUGGAGGCAAGUCUGAGCUUCGACGCCCAAUCGAUGGCAGCAAGGCUGUGUCCUCGACACCACCCUACAGCUAUCGAACUGCCAUCGACGCUCUUCAGGGACCUGAGGGUUUCCGUAUUCGCGGACUGUCUCUCUCUAGCAACAUAUUGAGUAGCAUUGAGAAACAGUAUCAGCAGCACCGAGACCGGCACCAGCUGGAGGAUAAUCCGACCCACUGUGUCCUCAAACGACGUCUCAAACAGCUUGCCGAGCUGAACGUAGCCCAAGACGAGACCAUCAAGCAGCUACGUUGUGUGAUUAAAGAGCAAGAUAACACCAUCAAACGCUACAAGUAA